AUGUCAUCAAGUGUGUUUGUUUCUGGUGCUGGCGGUUACAUUGGUUUUGACAUUGCGAAAGCAUUUCGUCGUGCUGGAUACAGAGUCUACGGUCUUAUUCGUAAUCAAAAAUAUUCAUCAACAUUAAUUAUUAAUGAAAUUAUUCCUGUUGUAGCAAAACUAUCUGAUACAUCCACAUAUGUGGAUAUAAUGUCAAAAUGUUCAAUUAUUAUUGAUGCUGUUGGAUGGUGUUCAGAAUCACAAACAUUCUUAGAUGCUGCAAUACAAGCAGGACGUAAUCGCGGUUCAGAUAUAUAUAAACCAUUGUUUAUUUUUACAUCAGGUAUAAUGACCUAUGGUGAUGCCAGUCGAUUACCCCUAGAUGAGACAAUAAAACCAAAACCAAAAUCAAUACCGGGCGAUAUGAAAGAACGUGAAGAGUUUGAAGAUAAAAUAUUGUUGUUGAAACAAACAGAAGGUGUAUAUCCUGUAGUAGUCAGACCAGGUUUUGUUUAUGGUGGGCAAGGUGGUUUUGUUGCUGAUUUAUUCUACAAAAUUGGCACGGAUAAAGAACUAGUUUUAUAUGGUCGAAGUGAUAAACGCUGGUCAUGGGUGCACAUUGAUGAUUUAUCCGAUGCCUACGUAUUGAUUGCACGCUCACCCAUAGCGAGUGUAAAAAAUCAAAUGUUUAAUAUUGCAGCACAAGGUGAUAAUCCAACAUAUGAACAAUUGAGAGUAGCUAUGGCUCAACAACUAGGAUGGAGCAAUACGAAAAAUAAAAUUAUUUACCACAGUGUGGAUAAAAUGGAUGAAAAAGAUGCACAUCAAUUGAACUGGGAACCAGAUGUAAUUAUAAAUCCUAAAAAAAUUACGGAUCAACUCGGUUGGACACCAAAACAUGUUGGAUAUUUGCAUGAAAUCGAAAUAUACUAUCAAUCAUGGUUACAAAGUAAAAAAGAAAAAAUGAAUUAA